AGACAGAGAGGAAGACGGGACAGGCUCCGCGUCUCCCGGCCCGCCAGCGCGAGCGCAUCGCCUUCCCGGUUCCCGCCGCGCCGCGCGAGCUUUCCCGCCUUCCUCCUACUGGGAGUGCGAGGCAGGGGUGUAUAUUUCCUCGGCGAGCCAGCGUGUGGGGGCCAAUCCAACCGCGCACGCGAUCGGGCCGAGCCGCGCCGCGCGAGGGGGGAGUGCAGAGCAGAGGGAGCGGUAGGCACCCAGGAGGCACCGUUCCGCUGUCGACUGACCGCGCCGCCGCCGCCACGCCGUCCGCCUCCGCCUUCCGCGGGCCGUGGGGGGAGCGGAGCCCGCGCGCAUCCAUGGCGAGGUCGUGGCUGAUAACUUGUAGGGGAAUUGCUAAGAAGAUAAGAUACACAACUCCUAGUGGUAAUCACAGAAUAAGCGAAUUGAUUGCAGAAGCACGGAGGGAAUGUCCGAACUGCAGUCAUGUCAUUGAUAACAGUGAUGUUGCCAUGCAGUGGCCUGGGCUGCCUGCUGGAGUCAAGUUUGACCCAUCUGAUUUGGAGUUGCUUGAACAUUUAGAAGAGAAAAUUGGUCUGGGGGGUUCGAGGCCACAUGUGCUCAUUGAUGAAUUUAUUCCAAUUAUAGAUAACGAUGAAGGAAUCUGCUAUUCACACCCUGAAAAUCUUCCUGGUAUGAAAACAGAUGGCAGCAAUGCUCAUUUCUUCCAUAGAGUUUCAAAAGCCUAUGGUCGUGGCCAGCGCAAGCGUCGAAGGGUCAUAAGCUGCAGUAGUGAUCACACUGUUACUGAUGAGCAUGUGAGAUGGCACAAGACAGGGAGAUCCAAACCCAUAUAUGACAAUGGUGUUAAAAAAGGUUGGAAGAAGAUAAUGGUGCUGUACAAAACUUCACAUAGAGGUGAAAAACCUGAUAGAGCUCACUGGGUAAUGCAUCAGUAUCACCUCGGACAAGAGGAGGAUGAAAAGGACGGGGAUCUUGUUGUUUCCAAAAUCUUCUGCCAAAUAACAAAUAAGAGUAUGGAAGUUUCUGAAACAGAAGCUGCUUAUGACAAACCUGAUGCAUCUGCUUCUGUGAUUGGUCCUAAAACUCCAACUCCAAAGACAAAUGCUCCACAGCCACGUCUUGCUAAUAAUAGUCCAUGUGAAACAGAGCAGAAUGUUUCCAUCCUGCAGGAUCAGCUACUACUGCAGGAUGAGGGAGAGCCUAUCAUUCCUAUUGUUAGCCUGGAGGAUGAUGCCAUGAACCCUGCAUGGUGUGCAGGAGCUGAAGAACAGCAGGCUGUUGGAGGGGCAUCUCGGGCUCAGCUGAACCUAGACGAACCUCUGCUUUGCCGUGAAGACCCGAAUUCCUUAAAUGACGAGGCAUUGCUUCCCAUGGACUACCCGAUUCUGUCCCAAUGCAGGAACGAGAUCCUUGACAGGAGCCUGAACACAUUUUAUGGGUUGCCUGAUCUCCAUAAUGUGGAUCUCGGAACGCCUCCAGAUCUUCAGCUUGGUGACUUGCAGUUUGGUUCUCAGGAAAGCCUUGGCAGCUGGCUGGACCGCAUCUAGGGUGAUAGCAAGUGUUAAUUAUUCGCUCCAACUGCUUGAUCGAAGAGCAUGUUUUUGCACAGGAUAUGAUGGUACUCGGUAGCAACUGUUUUGGGGCUUACACAACAUAGAGAUUGCAUGCUUGCACUAGUGAUGUAUUGUGUAUUCGUGUUGAGCCAUCAAACUGUAUCAGGAAACCAAGAACCUCUCUCUCUCUUUAGAAGAAAUGAUAAACCUUUGACAUCUGACC